UUUUAGUGAGGAUCAUCAGAUCUUUUACCUAUGGAAUAUAACAUGGUAUUGUUGCAUCUCUUAGUUUCUUUUGUUCUUAGUUUUGAUCUUUUCCAAGAUGAUGAUUUCCAGCCCCUUGCUUUGUUAUGACUUUUUUUAGUUGUUGUUUAUUCUUGUGGUCAUUCAUAUGUGUUUCACUUGGUUGUGUACAUAUAUUUUGCAAGAUGAUUUGAAGAACUCAUCAUCCUUUGAUUUCUUUGAUUGAAACAUUAAUUCUCUUCAUUCUUAAAGUCUCUUUUUUUUUUCUGAACAUGAUGGUUUCAAGACUCUUCUCUUUGAGAUCUCAUCUUUAUAUAAGUUUAUUUAUCCUAUUUGUUGAGGUAUUAUUCCUCAUCCUUGAAGUCAAUCAUAAGUAUUUUCCUUGAAUUUCAUGGAUUCCUUGAUUAAAAUCAGAGUGCUAAACAUUGCUCUUUAAAUCAUCCAUCCUUGAACUCAUUCACAAGUGUUCUCCUUGAUUGUUCUAUGAGUUAUUAUCUCUUGUAUGAAUUUGCAUAUAUAAACUAUAUACUUGUUAAAGCCAUUCAUAAUAGCUGUUAAAUUGUGUGUUUGAUUAGAAACUACAGCAAGAUGAGUACCAUGGCAGUGGCCAAUGGAGGAGUAAGGUCCACACUAAACCCGAAUGCGCCACUCUUCAUCCCUGCAUCAUUCCGGCAGGUGGAGGACUUCUCGCCGGAGUGGUGGUUUCUAGUGAAAACAUCCCUGUGGUUCCGUGAUCAUUGGAUCAAUGAACACCAGGAUCAAGAAACCUUUGAUGGUGGCAAUGAAGAUGAUGAUGACACUGAAUUCUCAAGCUUAGAGGAAGAGCUUGAAGAGGUCAUGCUUGAAAUGGAAGCUGCAGAGCAAGCAACUUCUUUGGCUUCUUUGAAGAAAGACAAGUCUGAUGCAGAUAUUACGGCAAUGGUCAAAAGCUUAAGCUUGGAAGUGCCCGGGAAUGGUAGAGUGUCGCCGAGGACAUCGUUUGAACCGGCUAAACACAAAGAGAAGCCAUUGAAGUGUUUGAGCCCAAAAUGUAGCCCUCGGCGCAUCAUUCAGCAGCCUCGUUAGAUUUGCUUGUUUGUGUUGGUUCAUGGAUGGUUUUCAGGUCACUUUUGUAUAGAAUUAAGAUGUUGUAGGGUCUAGUGUUGGAGUAGUGAAAGAAAUCCAGUGCUUUUGAGCUCUGUUCAUCCUAGUCUUUGUUAAUGGUCUUUUGAUGAUUUGAAUGGAACUUAUUUUGUAGUACUUGUGUUA